AUGUUCAAGAAAAGGGAGAGAACGCAGCACAGAACUGCAUACACUGGUGUUGGCCAGAAUUCAGGAAAUUCACAGCAACCUAACCCUGGUGCACGGGCUGCAGCGUUGAGCAUUGGGAAUGCCUUUAAACAACAAAGUUCACAGCCACAACCUUCAACUUCAAGACAAUCCUUUGGGUCUCUGAAUACUGUGAACUCUUCAAACUAUAGAAAUGGAAGUUUAUCAACUUCACGAAAUGGCAGUCUAUUGCAAAGAGGAUCACGCAGCUCCUAUGCGCCUCCGGUUACACAGCAACCACAAGCGAGGGUACCAAAUUCUGGUAGCAGACGCUACUCGCUAGGAUCUUCAAUCACCAGCCAACCUCGCUCCAACAGACCGCUAAACUCAGCAGGAGCAACAGGCCGAUCAGUCUCACGAGGCAGCAAUUAUUCCCACAACAUUGAUGAUAGUUUUCCAGAACUGUAUGCAGAACAGGGAUACGACGAUGACCACGAGGAUUCGUCUCAUGCAUACAACAUGGCAAAUAUGCGCGACUUGAAGUUGCCUGUUACUGCUGAGGAUAACUUUCAGAAACCAGUGAGGAUGGUGAAGAAAUAUGUGCCAAGUCCCACAGGUAUCAAGGUCAUUGAGGUUCCGGAGUCGAGUUUUGAUAUGGAGAUUAAACGGUCGAAUUCAAUGAGAAUGAACCCAUAUAAUUCAAGAUCCAAUUCCUUGCGAGCACCAGCAAAGAAAUCAGCGUCAAGAUCAGGAUCGUUGACGAGUGUUGAUUCAAAGAAUCUCGGACGCAGGACUAUAAGCAGCGCAACAAACCAUACACAAGCAAUGGGUUCCUUAAAUGAACAAGUGACACUCGAAGACAGUCUCGGUAAGAGUGCUGAAAGAGUUGCAAGAGAAAAUAAACUUAAAGCGUUGGAGGAACAAAUUGCGAAAGAAAAGGAACUUGAAAAAGAAGUUGAGCUCAAGCGAAUAGAAUACGAGCGUCUCCGUAAGGCAAGACUUGAUAAGGAGAAAGAAUUGGAAAAGUAUGCGGCUAUUCAAAGCGAAGAACCAAAUGUUGCAAAUAAUCGUGAUAAUACCAACGCGGCGGUUGCUGAGACUACAGAUGUUUCUGCUCAUGCUAACCCGAACGAUAGCGAUGCCUACAUUAUUCCUCCUGCAGUUGCUGUUCGCUCGGCUGAACCAGAAGUAAAGAAGACAAACUUUGCCGAGACUCAUACUGAGAUUGACAAUGAUACACAAACUGGAGAUAUCACUACUGCAAGUGACAUAUUGCUAGAAGUACAAGAACCUCAUGAUUCUGCUUCACGUCGCUCGAGCACUGGCCCUGUGGAGGACACGUUGAGUUUAUUAUCUGAAGAUGGUAAAAAUAUGGCACCAACGGAACAGGCCAAUGAUGAAGGAUAUAGUAAAGACGAAUUAUCAAAAGUAUCCUCAGAGAGCGACCUCAACAACGGUAUGGUGGUUAAAAUUUCGUUAGGUGAAAAAGGGUUGGAAGAAGAAGGCAAUGAUCCUAGGUCUUCCAUUUUGAGUGCGAACCAAGAUGGAAUCGAAUCUGUUGAGACCUUGUCUAGCAAUUCAUCGGGAGCGAAUGAGGUGCUGAAAAACAAGGAUGCUGUAUCACAAGAUGCAAACCCAGAUUUGUCUCAAAAUGCUGCAAAUUACUUUCCCUUAGAUCAAAGUACUACCCCUCGCGUUGAAACUACUGCGGCUGAUGAAGAGCGUAAUGGUGACUUACUCACUUCAAACUCCAAACAGCAACAGCAGCGGCAAUGGGAGUCCAAUGCUGAUACUAGAGUAUCACAAGCAAACUCGUCGAUGAAUUCGCUACAACCCCCUACUAUUGCUGUUAAUACAAGCUCAAAGUCAUCACUCUACUCUGAUGAUACAUCGCCCAAGAGACCUUUGAAGUCAGCAAUGAAGUCCACCUCGUUUUCGCUGCUUCCAAACAAUCAAAAAAGCGCUGUAAAAAACGUGAACAAAAACAGUGCGGCACAUCAAGCGUACCUCUCUCUUACCACGGCAGAAAAUACCAGACUCAAUUCAAGUAUCUCAACACUGCCGAACCCACCAACAUCAAGGAGACGCAGUACUUCGCGUGGAGAGGUCUACAAUUUGGGUGGUGUUGACGGUGGGGCUUACCCUCAGUAUUCCAACCCCAAUGUUCUCCACAAGGAAGCACAAAGGAAGCUUUCACAUAACAGUUUACGGAACAGUUCUGUGAAUCCCAAUGCACAACGUCAUCAGAAUCCUUCAAGAGGAGGAAAUGCAACUGGACCUGCAAAUGGAGCUGGAAUGAGUAAUAGAACAAUGCGCAAUAGCACAUAUGUCCAGCCUAUAAAGCCACAUCCUGCAUUGCAACCAAACUAUGUAUCACCAUCCAAACUUAAGGUACAGGAGUUGUAUGCAAAAGCGCAAGCUAGACCUUAUUCAAACUUUGCACCAUUGGAAAAGACAUCGUCGUUUGAAAAGGAAGUACCGGAGAACCAGCGCCAAUCGCAGCAGCCUGGAAAUACUGCACAAGUACCGCAAAAGAAGACGGGACCAAAAAGAACAACUUUGAGAAGUCCUAACCCACCAAGUGCCACCCAAAAUCAUGCAUCAAGACCACUUUAUUCUCAACCACAGAAUAAUGGCAGAACUGGUAAUGCUAAUAUCAGUGCAAAUCCUUCUGGAUACAAGUCCAGGUUUAACGACUCAGAUGAUGACUUACCGGGUGCUUCGUUCGGAGGUAAAUUUAAAUCUAGAUUUGCUGACUCAGAUGAUGACUUACCGAGAGGAGGAGGCGGAGGAAGUGGAGGCAUGCAAUCUUUGGCCCCUAUGCCAGAAGCAAGAUAUAAUAAUAGUAAAAACAAUUACAACAACAAUAAGAGCAAUAGUAAUUAUAAUACUGGUGCUUCUUCUGCUGCUGCUGCUACAAAUUAUGCUAACAACAACCAAUGGCAAGCACAGUCACAGGCACAGGCACAGGCACAGGCACAGUUCUCCCCAUCUUAUGAAGAUCAAGAUCUGGGUUCAAAACAAAAGAAAAAGUUUGGAAAACUUAGAAAGUUAUUUGGACUGAAAUCUUAA